AUGGUCCGAUACGCAGCGCAGCCUGCCAACGUCGAAAAGACCGCCAAGGCACGCGGUGACUACCUCCGCACCCACUUCAAAAACACCCGCGAAACAGCGCAGGCCAUUUCCGGUUUGACUUUGCAAAAAGCCAUUCAAUACCUCGAGGAUGUCAAGGAACACAAGCAGGCUAUUCCCUUCAGGCGGUUCCAGGGUGGUGUUGGCCGGACUGGUCAAGCCAAGAAGUUCGGCACAGACAAGGCACGUUGGCCCGUCAAGUCUGCUACCUUCCUCUUGGGUCUUUUGCGUAAUGCAGAGUCCAACGCAGACACCAAGGGUCUGGAAGUCGACUCCCUUGUUGUCAAGCACAUUCAAGUCAACCAGGCACCCAAGCAGCGUCGCAGGACAUACCGUGCUCACGGUCGCAUCAACCCUUACCUCUCGUCUCCCUCGCACGUCGAGAUCAUCCUUGCCGAACAGGCCGCUGAAGUGCCCAAGGCACAGGACGGACAGGUCGUUAGGUUGAAUGCCAGGCAACUCGGCAAG